AUGGCCCGGCGCGAGAAGACGGCGAAAGCCUCGACCGACGCGCCCAAGGUGACGUGGGCACCCAUGGCCUUCCGCACGAGCACGUCGACGACGCCGGGCGACCGCGUCUUUGCCGGCGCGCUCCUCGGCGCCAUCUGCGUACUUGCGGUCGCGAUCCGCCUCUUCUCGGUCGUCAAGUGGGGCCGCGUCAUCCACGAGUAUGACCCGCAGUUCAACUUUCGCACGUCCAAGUUCCUCGCGACUAACUCAUUCAGCGAGUUCCUCAACUGGUUUGAUGACCGUGCCUGGUAUCCGCUCGGGCGCGUCGUCGGCGGCACCUUGUACCCGGGCUUGAUGCUCAUCUCGGCGUCGGUCUACCGCGCAAUGCACUUUGUCGGUUUUCCAAUCUCGAUCUUGGACGUGUGCGUCUACUUUGCGCCCUUCUUUGCGGCAGCUACGGCGGUCGCCACGUAUGGCCUCGCGACGCACAUCACCAAGGAGCCACGCACCGGCCUCCUCGCCGCCUUCUUCAUUAGCAUUGCGCCCGCGUACAUCUCUCGCUCGGUUGGCGGCUCGUACGACAACGAAGGCGUCGCCAUCUUCCUCCUCGUGCUCGUCUUCUACCUCUGGGUCAAGUCGGUCGAUUCGGGCUCGAUGGUCGACGCUGCGCUCACGGCCGUCGCGUACUUUGCCAUGGUGCUCUCGUGGGGCGGCUACGUCUUUCUCAUCAACGUCAUCCCGAUCCACGUGCUCGUGCUCGUCUUCGCUGGCCGCUAUACGCCCAACCUGUACAUCGCGUACUGCACCUUUUACGUCCUCGCGACGAUCCUGGCGAUGCAAGUCCCGUUCGUCGGCUUCAACGUCAUUCAAAAGGCCGAGUGCAUUGGGUCGCACGGCGUCUUUGGCGGUCUCCAAGUGUUUGCCUUUGGCAAGUACCUCCAGUCGCACCUCUCGUCGUCGCUCUCGGCCACGCAGGUGCGCCAGCUCAUCACGACCGCAGGCGCGGGUCUGGUCGGGCUCUUGGCGCUCGUCGCGCUUCUCUUGCAACUCACGGGCAAGCUGCAGUGGACGGGCCGGUCGCUCACGCUUCUCGACCCGACGUACGCGUCCAAGUACAUCCCGAUCAUCGCGUCUGUUUCCGAGCAUCAGCCGACGUCCUGGGCUGCGUUCUACAUGAGCUUUGGCCCGGUCCUGCUCGUGAUGCCGCUCGGCCUCUACUACACCUUUGCGUCCAAGCGCGACGAAUUGACGCCCGCGGCGCUCUUCCUCAUCGUCUACAGCACACUCUCGUGGUACUUUGCGGGUAUUAUGAACCGCCUCGUGCUCACCUUGGCGCCCGCUGCGUGCGUCGUCGCUGCGAUCGGCGUCUCGGGGCUCCUCGACCGCGUCUUCUUUGUCAUGAAGCGCGACGAGCAUGAGAGCGUCAUGGACGCGAGCGGCUUCUUCAACGAAGACGACGACAUCAAGGCCGACAAGCUCCAAAAGAUCAGAGACGCCCAGCGCUUGCAUCCCAACGCGAUGCCGGAAGGCGACGAUGCGGUCGCCGACCUCUUCUCGUUCACAUAUUCGGCAGUGUACCUCGAGCCGCAGACCCUUCCCGAGCGCAAGUCGCCCGGCAUGAUCAUGGCGUUUGUCGGCGCCGCGACGAUGCUGCUCAUGUGGCAGCUCUUCCACUGCUCGAGCAUUUCGAGCAAGGCGUACUCGAGCACGUCGCUCGUCCACGAGCAAGUGAACCGCACGACGUGGGAGUUUACGGUCCACGACGACUUUCGCGAGGCGUUUGCGUGGCUCCGGCACAACACGCCGGAAGAUGCGCGCGUGCUCUCGUGGUGGGAUUAUGGCUACCAGAUCUCGAGCCUCGCGAACCGGACGGUGCUCGUCGACAACAACACGUGGAACAACACACACAUUGCGACCGUCGGCCGCGUCUUUGGUUCGACGGAGGAGGAAGCGAUGCCCAUUUUGCAGUCGCUCGACGUCGACUACGUGCUCUUGCUCUUUGGCGGCGUGAGCGCUUUUGACGGCGACGACCUCGACAAGUUUCCGUGGUUCCUCCGCAUCGCUCAAGGCGUCUUCCCGGAAUCGGUCGACAUUGGCCGGUUCGAAGUCAACGGCGGCGUCCAAGUAACCCCCGGCGCGACCGAAGCCAUGGAGCAGUGCGUGCUCUAUAAGUUGAGCUAUUACCGCUUCGAGGGCGUGACGCCCGAGUACAAGCAGCCGCCGGGGUACGACACGAAUCGCAACGCGCGUGUCCGGUCGACGCCCAUCGACCUCACGCACUUUGACGAAGUCUUUACGUCCAACGGCUGGAUCGUGCGCAUCUUUCAAGUCAAGAAGCACCUCCUGCAGUAG